AUGGCAACAACCAGUCUCAACAACGACGACUAUCAGAUUGGGAUUGUUUGUGCUUUGCACAUUGAGUGGGCAGCCAUGAUCGCAAUGCUGGACCAGGAGCAUGCAUCAUUGCCCAAAGACAAAGCGGACUCGAACGAGGACACCUUUGGAAGUAUCGGGGAGCAUAAUGUGAUCAUUGCAUGCCUGCCAGCAGGCUCGAUGGGAACCACACCGGCUGCAACCGUGGCCGGCAAUAUGCUGCGAAGUUUUUCGAUCAAAUUCGGCUUGAUGGUUGGUAUUGGAGGUGGAGUAUGGAGUAAGAGCAACGAUAUCAGGCUUGGGGAUAUUGUUGUGCGUCAACCCACGGGGAAACAUGGAGGUGUCGUUCAGUGGGACGAAGGGCAUGCCAAGGAAGGCAGGUUGGAAAGAAGAGGGCAAUUGGACAGACCACCAAAAGUACUUCUACACGCACUCCAAUCCUUGAAAACCAAGGGCGAAAUGGAAGAACUGGGAAUCUCAACAGCGCUUGAAUAUAUGGCAACAAACAAGCCCAAGAUGGCUAAGGGUCCCAACAAAUACACAUACCCGGCUUUGGUUGAUCGGCUUUUUAAGGCUUCAUAUCCCCACACGACGGACGAUAAUAGCGACGAUAACACAUGCGACAAAUGCGAUACAGAAGAAACGACUACACGAGAGGACAGGGAGGAUCUACAACCUGAGAUAUUCUACGGAAAUAUUGUCUCGGGAAAUUCGGUGAUGAAGAACAGCAAGCAACGCGAUGAUAUUGCAAAACAAGAGGAGGUGCUCUGCUUUGAGAUGGAGGCGGCAGGACUUAUGAACAAUUUCCCGUGUUUGGUUAUUCGAGGUAUCGCAGACUACUCGGAUUCUCACAAGAAUAAGAUGUGGCAGCGCUAUGCAGCAGCAACAGCUGCUGCUUUCGCAAGGGUAUUUUUGGGAUUCGUUGAUAAACAAAAGUUGGUUGAAACUCCAAGUAAGUCUUGA